GUAAUUAAAUCUCGUCAAUGAUGUAUUUGUGUAAAAAAUAUGGUCAAAGCUAAAUAAUUAUAACUAUUUUAUCAAGGUGCAAGUACUGUGUAUGUAAUUCAUCACACAUGACAGUUAACCAGAAGUGUUAUUUUUACUAAUGAGUCCGCACUCUUAAAACAGUUUGAUAGGUCAUUAUUCAAGGUUCAUUAUUUAACUGGACGACUUCAAUUUAUAAAGCAAUACAUCUGACUGAAGACUUUGUGCAUAUUCUUUGGAUAUAACGCAUGUUAAGAUGCGGAUAACCGUAACUUCGGUGUUUUUGUUAUUUUUGUGUAUUUUUGGUAUUAAAUCACAAUCAUGGAGGAAAAGUCAAAGAAACAAUGAAUGGAAUUCUAAUUCCAUAUCCAAUUGUCCACUACAAACACACAGAAAUCCAGAGAGUUAUUGGCAUGUUGACAACUUUGGUAGACGCUAUCUACGACGUUGUCCUCAUGGACAAGCAUUCUUCGCACAUAAGUGUUCAUGUGACCAUACUCCACCACCCUGUGACCUCAGAGCUUCAGACAAGAGUCCUAGACACUAUGAACAAUAUAGCAAUGGUUAUUGGAUUGAAAUGAUGUGCGCUGAUGGAACCGCUUUUAACUCAAACACAUGUUUAUGUUCAACUUUUAUCUAAAUAGUACAGUUUAUACGUUUUGUAUUUGUAUAAAAAAAGAAUGAAACAUAUAUUCAGAAACAGCUGA